AUGCUGUGAUGCUGCACACUGCGUUGUGGUGUUCGGGACAGUACAUCGCCCGGACAGAAGAGCUGCUUGCUGACCUCUCAGUGGUACUCGGAGAUACUGAUCCAGAUGGGCAGAGGAGCGAAUCAAUUAGAGCCAUGGAAGAUAGCAGUCAUCGUUGUGGCAGUGAUAGUAGGCUUAGCCUUCAUAAUUGGCUUGCUUACAUUUUUUUUGUGCAAUGAGCAGGACCGAUAUUAUGAAGCAUCAUUCCUUAUCACCAACGUCGAGUACAACCCUCAGUACGAAAGGCAAACAACAGAAGAGUUCAGGAACCUGAGUGAAGAGAUUGAAAUCAUGAUAUCUACAAUAUUCAGGGGGUCCUUCCUAAGUAAAAAGUUCAUCAGGUCUCAUGUUGUCAGUCUAAGCCCAGAUCCUGGUGGAGUGCUUGCAUCUGUUGUUCUGGUAUUUAGAUUUGCCUCAGCUGACGGUGAGGCAGCAACCUGGGGUCUCGUCAACCGUGUGUUAGGUACAAGGCUGAAAACAAGUUCCGUGUUCUUGAAUGUUGACCAGUCUACCCUUACACUCACAGAGUUGAAUAAGGAAAAAGGAGACAACCUCUUAAACAACUGCUGUGGAAUACGCAAACAGGCGUUCUCCUUUUCGGGAGUGGAGAGAAUAGCUGGCGGGCAGCAGGCGCAGGAUGGGGAAUGGCCGUGGCAGGCUAGUAUUCAGCUUGAUGGGAGACAUCGCUGUGGUGCGUCAGUGAUCAGUAAUACAUGGCUAGUGACUGCAGCCCACUGCUUUAGAGGAGGAAAAGAUCCUCGGAGGUGGACUGCCAGCUUUGGAAUUCUGCUGAGACCUCCAAAACAGAAAAAAUUUGUCAGAAGAAUUAUCAUUCAUGAAAAAUACAGUGACUUUGUCAUCGAUCAUGAAUAUGAUGUGGCUGUUGUGGAACUUGCCUCUCCUAUUGAGUUCACGAGUGAUGUGCACAGUGUCUGUCUUCCUGAAGCGUCUCACAUAUUCCCAGACAACACUUCCUGUUUUGUCACAGGUUGGGGAGCUUUGGUGAAUGAUGGCUCUAGUGUUAAUCAUCUUCGACAAGCAGAAGUGAAAAUUAUAAGCACUGAGACUUGUAAUAAUAAAGAAGUGUAUGCUGGGGCGAUAACACCUGGAAUGUUGUGUGCUGGAUACUUGGAGGGGCAGGUGGAUGCCUGCCAGGGUGACUCUGGUGGGCCACUGGUGACUAUGGACUCCAGAGGAAUCUGGUAUCUCGUGGGAAUAGUGAGCUGGGGAGAUGAAUGUGGCAAGCGAAAUAAACCAGGAGUGUAUGUGCGAGUGACGUACUAUCGAGACUGGAUUGCCUCCAAAACGGGCAUCUGA